AUCAGAGACACUCUUGUACCCAGGUCCCUGUGCCUCCAUGUGUGUAGCGCCUGCCUGCUAGCCAGCGUUGACCUGAAGAACAAUCAUGCUUCGUCGGGAGGUGAGACUGAGACGAGAGUACCUGUACAGGAAGGCACAAGAGGACAGGCUCCGGACCAUUGAGGAGAAGAAACAGAAGCUGAAGGGCGCACUUGAUGAAAAUCGUCUUCUACCAACCGAGGUACGCAAAGACGCUCUGCAGCUCCAGUCCCUGCUGGAGUAUGACGACGAAGGGGCAGAAGGGGUCAGCUCACACAUGGACGAUGAGUACAAGUGGGCUGGAGUUGAAGACCCUAAAGUCAUGGUCACCACGUCCAGGGACCCGAGCUCCAGACUCAAAAUGUUUGCCAAGGAGGUGAAGCUGAUGUUCCCUGGAGCUCAGCGUAUGAACAGAGGAAACCACGAGAUCGCUGCUCUUGUGGGAGCCUGCAAAGCCAACAACGUCACAGACCUCGUCAUCGUUCAUGAAACAAGAGGACAGCCAGAUGGCCUUGUGGUGUGCCACCUGCCAUUUGGACCCACAGCUUAUUUCACACUCUACAACGUGGUGAUGAGGCACGAUGUUCCAGACAUAGGCACGAUGUCGGAGGCCUACCCUCAUCUAAUUUUUCACAACUUCACCUCACGACUCGGCAAGAGGGUAUCGAAUAUCCUCAAGUAUCUCUUUCCAGUGCCGAAGGAGGACAGCCGGCGUGUAAUCACAUUCGCCAACCAAGAAGACUUCAUCACUUUCAGGCAUCAUACCUACAAAAAAACAGACCACAAGAACGUUGAGCUGACAGAAGUAGGACCCAGGUUUGAGAUGAAAUUGUAUAUGAUCAAACUCGGCACCCUGGAGAACGAGAGCACCGCAGAUGUCGAGUGGCGUCACCAUGCAUAUACACACACGGCGAAGAAAAGGAGGUUCCUCAGCGUGCAAUAGGGAACUAAUAAGGCAAAAGAAAACUGUUUACCCCUACUCUAAAACUACGCUAAUGUUUUACAGAAGUAUUUUGAUAAAGUGUCUUCUAAAAGGACUGUGGUGUUUUGGUGGGAUAGCUAUUUUAUAAACAAAACAGGCAAUUUUUUUUUUUUUUUUUUAUUGUUUUGAGUCCCAUUUACAGAAAACUGUAUUUUGAGACUUGUUUUGACAAACCCAUUCAUUCAAAACAUGUUCUAUUACAGUGAUUGUGUUAUUUUGUAAUAAAUUGUGUUUCCAAUCA